GCUUCCCAUAUAGAAUAAUCCCUUUUAUAGAUAUUUAAGAGUUUGCAGAUUGGGCGGAAGUUGCAGCUGCAAUGUCGGCCUUUACAGAGACCGCGCUGAUCAAGAAAUUGGCGGAGCUCAACAGCAGCCAGCAGAGCAUCCAGACCCUGUCCUUGUGGCUGAUUCACCACCGCAAGCAUAGUGCAACUAUAGUGAAGACCUGGCAGCGGGAGCUGGAGAGUGUGCCGGAACCGAAGAAGCUGACCUUCAUGUACCUGGCCAACGAUGUCAUCCAGAACAGCAAGAAGAAGGGGCCCGAGUACGGCAGGGAGUACAGCAAUGUCUUGGGAAAGGUGUUUGCCCACAUCGGAGAGAAGUGCAGCUCCGACAAGCUCCUGGGCAGUCUGGGACGCAUCCUCAACAUUUGGCUGGAGCGCGGCGUCUACGAUGCCAAGGCAAUAAACGAGUAUCGUGCCCGCCUGCACAGGGAGUCUGGAAGCAGCAAAAAUGGCAGCAAAUCGCACGACGCCGAAGCCGGGGAGCGAGAUAAAGAUCACAGCAGCAACGCCGGCGGCGGCGGCGGCAGCGGCAGCAGGUCAGAGAAGUCAGAGCGGAGGGAGAAGCGCAAGCAUGAGGAGCGCCAUUCGAAGUCGAAAAAACCGCGACACCAUCACCAGAGCAGCAGUGCUCCAGCCCCAGCAGAAGAACCGGCUGUAGAGCCGGAAAACGGGCACACUCCUCCCUACCUACCACUGGGUGAGCCGCCCGAGCCGGAGGAGCUGAUCAAGGCUCUCACGAGCAUAGAGAACUCGGCCUCCAGUGAUGCCGAGGUCAGGGAACGCAUUGCGAAGCUUCCGCAGGAGAUAUCGGAGAUCAGUUGCAUCAGCAAGCUGGAGGAUAAGGACAAGGCGAAGGCCUUGGCCACUCAAGUCAAUGAGGCCGUCGAUUUGCUCAACGAGUACAAUUCCCGGCUGGCAGCCGAGAUGGAGGAGCGCACCAAAUUGGCCGCGAUGCUGCGCGACUUUCAGGCCGAACAGAAGGAGCUGCUGGCCCAGGCCGAGACACGACUCGAUGAACACAAGAAGAAGCUGGCCAAGAUGUUGGGCCUGCAGAAGGAGAUACACGAUCACCUCUCAAAUUUGCCGGAUCUGACGCAGCUGCCAGAUGUCACGGGCGGACUGGCACCACUGCCCUCCGCAGGCGAUCUCUUCAAUGCCCUGCAUUGAUCGAAUGACGAUGAUAGAUCGAUCCGAGUGCCGUAGAGUCCGAGUCACUUAACCAGCAACUACUUAAAGAAACCUUAAAUUGUACACGUACACACAAACACAUACACACACACAUACACAUACACACACACACAAACACACACACACACAGACACAUACAAAGCUUCAUAUACUUGCAUAUAAUCGUCGUAGCUGUCCCCGGACCGAAUCGCACUCCAGCACGCCCCCAAGAUUAUUGCCCAGAUUAUUAUAGUCCGCAUAUUAUAUUGACGGUUGAAUACAGAAUUUAAUUACGAGCAACUUA